AUGGGGGUGUGUGGCAGCAGUGGCGGAGACGGUGGUGGUGGUGCCAGCGGUGGUGGUGGAGGCAGCGGCGGUGGUGGAGGCGGCGGAGGUGGAGGCGGUGGAGGCGGCAGCGGAGGAGGCGGUGGUGGUGGAGGAGGUGGAGCUGGUCGAGGUGGUACCCAGCAGCGUAGCGGCGGUGGUGGUGGCCAGCGCUCGCAGCGGCAGCAGCAGCAGCGCUCGCGGGACAUCCCUCCGCCUCAGCAGCUUCGUGAGUGGUACGUUGGGCGUCAGAGGGGUGGGGGUACUGGUCCCUGCACCUACGUUCUUCGUUCCGGCGACCGCGCGGGUGAGCAGUGUGGGGGUGCCCACGCCACCCAGCGCUGCUUUGGCCGCCUGACGGACGCUUGGCGUCAGCAGUUCCCUGGGGCUAGUGAGAUCCCUCGCUGGGAUGAGCUUCUCAGGGCUGGUGUAGCGAUCUUUGAUUUUGAUUUUGAUGCUAUCCUUGCUGCUAUGUAUGUUGUGGAUUAUAGUGAGGAGAAUGAGGGUUACCGUUGUUUCCAGCCCGACCCGGGCAUUGGUACUGCUGCGCUAGGUGCUUGUGAGGCUGCUGCUCUAGGUGCCAGUGCGUCUGUGCUCUCAGGUACUGGUGAGACUGCGCUCUCAGGUACUGCGUCGUCCUCGUCCUCCCUCACUUUCACACUUGACUCCGGAGCUUCUCGCUCCUUCUUUCGAGACCGCACUACCCUUACGCCGCUCGGCCGGCCGGUUGCGGUCUCCCUUGCUGACCCCUCUGGGGGUCCUGUCCUGUCUCACUUCUCCACUGUCCUCCCGUGUCCGGCUGCCCCUUCGGGCACCCUGUCGGGUCUGUACCUUCCCUCGUUCUCUACGAACUUGGUGAGUGGAGCGGACCUGCAGGAUGUGGGGGUUCACCAGUUCACUCCUGCGAGUCAGCGGGUGACCCACUGCACGGAGGCACGCACAGGCCGACACCUGGCCACGUUCUCGCGUCGGCCGGGGUCGAGUCUCUACACCCUGACCGUUGAGUCUCCUCCUGUCCCUGCGUCUGGUCAGGUGGCUGCGUCGGGUCAGGUGCUUGCUGCUGCGUCCCGGUCAGGUCCUGAGUCUGCCCCCUGUUCUUGUCGCCUCCUGUCUCACGAGACUCUCCUGUGGCACCACCGUCUUGGCCACCCCUCCUUGCCCCGUCUUCGGAGCAUGGCUUCCCGUGUCCUUGUCUCUGGUCUUCCCCAGUCUCUCCCUCCUCUCCCCUCCGGGCCAGGACCUUCCUGUGUCCCCUGUGUCGAGGGUCGCCUCCGGGCUACUCCUCACUCCUCCCACUUCCCCCCGACAGAGGCUCCCCUGCAGACGCUUCACAUGGAUGUGUGGGGCCCAGCCCCCGUCCGUGGGCAGGGUUACGAGCGCUACUUCCUGUUGGUGGUUGACGACUACUCGCGUUACACCACAGUCCUCCCCUUGCGCAGCAAGGGUGCGGUCACUGAGGUGCUGAUCGACUGGAUCCGCGGAGAGUUCUCUUCUCGCCUGCUGCGGGACUACUGUCGUGCACGGGGGAUCCGCCAGACCUUCACGCUUCCGGACUCACCACAGCAAAAUGGGAUUGCUGAGCGCCGCAUUGGUAUGGUCAUGGAUGUCGCUCGUACGUCCAUGAUGCAUGCGGCUGCCCCCCAUUUUCUGUGGCCGUUUGCGGUGAGGUACGCGGCGCAUCAGCUCAACCUUCACCCCCGGGUCUCUCGGCCUGCGAUGUCCCCAGCCUUGCUGUGGACGGGGAAGGUUGGCGAUGCGUCUGUGUUCCGUGUCUGGGGAUCUCGGGCGUUUGUCCGCGACUUGUCUGCGGACAAGCUGUCCCCUCGUGCUGCUCCCUGUGUCUUCCUUGGCUUCCCCACUGACGCCCCAGGGUGGCAGUUUUACCACCCCUCCUCUCCUCGUGUUCUGUCCUCCCAGGACGUGGACGUGGACGUGGACGUGGACGUGGAGGACUUGGACGUGGACAUGGACGUGGACAUGGACGUGGACAUGGACGUGGACGUGGACGUGGGCGUGGACGUGGACGUGGACGUGGACGUGGAGGACUUGGACGUGGAGAUGGACGUUGACGUGGACGUGGACGUGGACGUGGACAUGGACGUGGACGUGGACAUGGACGUGGACGUGGACAUGGACGUGGACAUGUACGUGGACGUCGACGUGGAAGUGGACGUGGACGUGGAGAACUUGGACGUGGACAUGGACGUGGACAUGGACGUGGACGUGGAUGUUGACGAAGACAUGGUCGUGGAUGUGGACGUGGACGUGGACGUGGACGUGGACAUGGACUUAGACGUGGACGUGGACGUGGACGUGGACGUGGACGAGGUCGUGGACGUAGACGUGGUCGUGGACAUGGACGUGGACGUGGACAUGGACGUGGACGUGGACGUGGACGUAGACAUGGACGUGGACCUGGACGUGGACGAGGACGUGGACGUGGACAUGGACGUGGACGUGGACGUAGACAGGGACAUGGACUUGGACAUGGACGUGGACGUGGACAUGGACAUGGACACGUCCACGUCCAUGUCCACAUCCACGUCCACGUCCACGUCCACGUCCAUGUCCACGUCCAUGUCCAUGUCCAUGUCCACGUCCACGUCCACGUCCACGUCCAUGUCAUUUGCACUCUAA